CGAGGUGAAGAUGGCGGCGCGCUGCGUGUGAAGGGUCGUAACCGGAGCCGGCUUUAUGAGCAAGGAACAUGUAUAAAACGCCAUGUAGCAGACUGUCAGGUUUUGUUGGUGUAAGUGUGAAAAAGAAAUUGGUCCAAAUUGCUCCUCGAUGUAACCAGACUGCUCGCUGCCUUAUUCAGCUGCACAGAAAAGAUCCGUCGACCUGGCUGACGUACCAGCAUCUCACCUUCCUCAAACGACAGUAUGUCACAAAAAACCAGAGUGAGCUUCAUCAGCGUGCCAUCCCCAAACAGGCACAUGUUGUGACCAUCGUGGAUGAGAGAGAUGACAGCGUUGAAACGCAAGUGCAGAGAGUCCCAACGAUCAAUCAUGUGGAUGCAGACGUUGUUCCAAAGCCAGACUGCGACACCAGUAAGACGGAGCCUGAAACCUCCACCCUGACCCCCUCUACGGAAAAUGUGGCAGUGCCAAAAGGUUCUGUGUCCACUGCAGCUUCAUCCUCGGUUGAGACUCCACACAUCCAAGUAGAGACAGAGGCACAGCGGAACGCCCGCCUGGACCGCCAGUGGAAGCAGCUGAAGGUGGAUGUGUCUGAGCUGCCGGAUAUCUAUGCCAGACUCGCCAAAAUCAAACUCACAGCUCUGGUGGUUACAACUGCAGCAGCUGGAUAUGCAAUGGCUCCAGUGCCCUUUGACCCCCUCAUCUUUUUCGUUUCUUCUCUGGGAACAGGCCUCGCGUCUUGUGCUGCUAACUCAAUUAACCAGUACUUCGAGGUGCCCUUUGACUCCAACAUGAACCGCACCAAGAACCGUCCACUCGUCAGAGGACAGAUCAGCCCCCUGCACGCUGUGUCGUUCGCCGUGGCCUGCGGCGUUCCCGGAGUGGCCCUGCUCUCGCUGGCGGUGAACCCCCUGACGGGCUUCCUGGGCGCCCUCAACAUCCUGCUGUACACCUGCUGCUACACGCCGCUCAAGAGGCUCAGCAUCAGCAACACCUGGGUGGGGGCGGUGGUGGGGGCCAUCCCCCCUGUCAUGGGCUGGACGGCGGCCACGGGCUGCCUGGAGCCAGGUGCGUUGUUGCUGGGUGCUUUCCUGUACAGCUGGCAGUUCCCCCACUUCAACGCCCUGAGCUGGAACCUGAGGGAGGACUACUCCCGCGGCGGCUACCGCAUGAUGUCCGUCACCCACCCGGCCAUGUGCCGGCGGGUGGCGCUGCGCCACAGCGUGGCCCUUAUCGGGCUGGCGGCCCUGGGGCCCCUGCUGGACGUCACCACCUGGACCUUCCCCCUCAUCUCCCUGCCCAUCAACCUGUACAUCAGCUACCUGGCCUUCCGCUUCUACCACGCCGGCGACCGCGGCAGCGCCCGCAAGCUCUUCUUCUGCAGUCUCUGGCACCUGCCCAUGCUGCUGCUGCUGGCGCUCACCUGCAAGAAGUCCGGCAGGAAGCAGGAGGACGCCGCCGCCAUCACCACCACCGCCGCCACCGCAGCCUCACCUCUCACGCUGACAGCUAACUAGCAACGUUAGGUGAUGGACACCAUGUUUUUAUUUGAGGAAAGCAGCGGCACAAAUAGCCACAGGAAAACUCACUGAAUCGUCACAUGGGUUUUAAUCACGUGAAUGUGUGUGCACUGUACAUAUUCUGUAUUUAUUUAUAAGAGGGCUCAACGGCUCCUCUCCAUGUGACUGAUUCUCCCUACCUUGUACAGUGUAAACUGCUCUUACGGAUCCACACAUGCCUCAGCGUCAGAAGAUUACCCAAGGUCGCAAUUGUAAUUGAAGUUUGUGUUUAAGUAGAACGAAUCUUCUUGAUUAACUUACUUGAUCCUUGUUACUUGACGGUUAUUAUUAAGCCUUUUUGCAUUUGCGUUUUAAGCAAAAUGGGCAUCGGUUCAGUGACGUGAUGCUCCGGUCUGCCAGGUACCAGACCAAAGGAGACACAAAUGUUCUCUUCCAAUAAACAUGUGGCGGUUGGAAGCCUCUGGUGUCCUUAUUCACUCGUUCAGCUCAAACUCUUCUGUGAAGGAAUUGU